AGCACAUCCUCCAUCCUCCGCCUUCUUUCCAGCAGAAAUGGCGGCUGCUGCGGCGGCUCGAGUUAUGUUGUUACCCGUGGCGCGGCGGCGGCUCUGGGGUUUCAGCGAGAGUCUCCUGAUCCGCGGCGCUGCGGGACGGUCAUUAUAUUUUGGAGAGAACAGAUUACGAAGUACACAGGCUGCUACCCAAGUUGUUCUGAAUGUUCCUGAAACAAGAGUAACAUGUUUAGAAAGCGGACUCAGAGUGGCUUCGGAAGACUCUGGGCUCUCAACAUGCACAGUUGGACUCUGGAUUGAUGCUGGAAGUAGAUAUGAAAAUGAGAAGAAUAAUGGAACAGCACACUUUCUGGAGCAUAUGGCUUUCAAGGGCACCAAAAAGAGAUCCCAGUUAGAUCUGGAACUUGAGAUUGAAAAUAUGGGUGCUCAUCUCAAUGCCUAUACCUCCAGAGAGCAGACUGUAUACUAUGCCAAAGCUUUCUCUAAAGACUUGCCAAGAGCUGUAGAAAUUCUUGCUGAUAUAAUACAAAACAGCACAUUGGGAGAAGCAGAGAUUGAACGUGAGCGUGGAGUAAUCCUUAGAGAGAUGCAGGAAGUUGAAACCAAUUUACAAGAAGUUGUUUUUGAUUAUCUUCAUGCCACAGCUUAUCAAAAUACUGCACUUGGACGGACAAUUUUGGGACCAACAGAAAAUAUCAAAUCUAUAAGUCGUAAGGACUUAGUGGAUUAUAUAACCACACAUUAUAAGGGACCAAGAAUAGUGCUUGCUGCUGCUGGAGGUGUUUCCCAUGAUGAACUGCUUGACUUAGCAAAGUUUCAUUUUGGUGACUCUUUAUGCGCACACAAAGGAGAAAUACCAGCUCUGCCUCCCUGCACAUUCACAGGAAGUGAGAUUCGUGUGAGGGAUGACAAGAUGCCUUUGGCGCACCUUGCAAUAGCUGUUGAAGCUGUUGGUUGGGCACAUCCAGAUACAAUCUGUCUCAUGGUUGCAAACACGCUGAUUGGCAACUGGGAUCGCUCUUUUGGAGGAGGAAUGAAUUUAUCUAGCAAGCUGGCCCAGCUCACUUGUCAUGGCAAUCUUUGCCAUAGCUUUCAGUCUUUCAACACUUCCUACACAGAUACAGGAUUAUGGGGACUGUAUAUGGUUUGUGAACCAGCCACUGUUGCAGACAUGCUACAUGUUGUUCAGAAAGAAUGGAUGCGGCUCUGUACAAGUGUCACUGAAAGUGAAGUCGCACGAGCCAAAAAUCUCCUGAAAACAAACAUGUUGUUGCAGCUUGAUGGUUCAACUCCAAUUUGUGAAGAUAUUGGUAGGCAAAUGUUAUGCUAUAAUAGAAGGAUUCCCAUCCCUGAGCUUGAAGCAAGAAUUGAUGCUGUGAAUGCUGAGACAAUUCGAGAAGUAUGUACCAAAUAUAUUUAUAAUAGGAGUCCAGCUAUUGCUGCUGUUGGUAAGCCUGGCUUCUUUUCUUCUAUGCGAAAAGUUGGCCAAGUACUUUUAAUUAACUGUCUUCUUUUUAAUCCUUAGGUCCCAUUGAGCAACUACCAGAUUUUAAACAGAUUUGCAGUAACAUGUGUUGGCUUCGUGGUUAAAAUGCUCGUUAUCAAGGUUAUCUGAACACAUGUAUUUAUAAAACUGAGAUCUAGAAAAAAAUAAAAAUGAACAUGUAUAUACAUUUGAAUGAAAACAUGUAUAUACAUCUGGAAAUUUGAAUGAAAUACUGUAUCAUACUUUCAAAGGAUAAAAAGACUACCCCUCUGAAAGUUGUUUUGUAUUAAUGGUCAAUCUUUGUUCUCUGAGAAAUUAUGUUGGAAGCAGCAUACUUUCAAAUUAUUACCAUAAGUAUAAUUUUAAGAAUGAAAAUGUUUACAGUAUUUUCAGUUUUAUUAUAAAAAUGCACAUACAACAAAGAUUGUCAUUAAGUCAUUUCUUGGCUCUGCUUGCAUUCAGCACUUGUUCUUGAGCAGCUUUCUUUGCUUUUACCAUCUCGACAAGUUCCUAGGAAGGGAGAAAGGAAGUUGUCAGAAUUAAAAACAGACAUUUUAAUCUAGUGUUUGGUAUAAAGAAUUCAAACAACUAAGACAGUACUAAGUAUACCGAUUUCACUGCCUGCCAGGGCCUAGAAAGUUUCUAAGGUUGCUCAUUUAUUCCUAAUAAUAUUGGCCCCAUAACUACUGGUGUUGAAAUAAGCACUAUAUUAUUAACCACUUAAUAGACAUAAAAUGUGAGCUAUAUAACCCACGUUAAAUUUAAAAUACAACAAUCUAUAAACUCUUAAGUCUGCAACCUU